AUGCAACCCAUCUCCAUUAUCCUCCUCGCGCUCAGCGCCAACCUAGCCCUGGCUUCCGUCCUCACACCUCCAGGCCUGGAGAAACGUCUCGGCUGCAUCUGGACCAACUGCUGCGGAGAAGGCAUCAAGGGACGUCACUGUCUAGGCGACUACCAGGAAUGCCCAAAGGGCACGCAAUGGAUCGUCGCAACGCCGCCUGCACAACAGUUGAUCGCGAAGCAGACGUCGCGGUUCGCAAGCGUCGCAGGCGGGAUGGCGGAGGAGAAGACCAGGGAAGUGAAGGUGGCGAGGAGGAGGGCGGGAAGUGAUGUUCCACUCGAGGAAAUCAAUUGCGGCCGAAGCGGCGCCCUGAUGCUGAAGCGUGGUGCUUUGUACGAGUGA